UAAAGAGUGGUCACAUAGGGUCAAUCACUAAAGGUGGAAGUAUCUUUGGUAUUGAAUCACUAAAGGUGGAAGUAUCUUUGGUAUUUAAGUAGACCUAGAUCUAACAGCGCAUUAGUGCGACACUGUUCUUCUUUUAGAACAAACUGCCCGUUGGCUGUGAAAAAGCGCCUACUACUCGCGGAGAUGAGGUUCACAAGAUGCAUCACGAUGAUGCAGUUUGAAAUACUACUGAACGUCAUCUUUGCUGCAGGUGGUGAGGAAUCCUGUGCUGCAGGCCUUAAAGCAUCUUUGCCAAACAAGAUGGAGGCAUUGAGCGACACUUGUUUGCAAAUUCCAUGUUCAUUUGAUGCAGUACCACCCUCUCUGCUGCAUAAAAACCAACCUAUUAUUGGUUUUUGGCUAAAAUCGACCCACGAUUUUGGGCCUCAUCCGGAAAGUGUGGUUUUCAACGACAGCAAAACCAAAAAUAUCUAUCCAAUAAGUAUCAUUGGGAACAUGAGUGAAUACAACUGCACAACCGUUUUUGCAAGGCUGAACUCAAGUUAUGCUGGCACAUAUUACUUUAGAGUCGAAAACAGUCCUUACAAGGCAACUGACAUCUGCUAUCCUCUUACAAUCGCAGUUAAAGAUUCAGCCCCAGCACCCUCCAUACAGACCCUCCAGGAGGGACCACUAACGGAGGGGAGCAGGGUAACGUUCACCUGCAGGGCCAUCGCACCCUGUCCCACCCAGCCGCCUCACCUGAGCUGGAACCAGUCAGGAGGCCCUGAGGGUCGGCUGGAACCGUACGGAGACCAAGAGCCUAAUGUCAGGACCCGGCGGCUGAAUAUCACUCUGUCGGACCAACAUGACGGGGUCCGCCUCACCUGUCUGGCGGAGUAUCCGGUAAACGACCCAGCAGGCGGGCCCAGCAACAGAACAGCAGAGAGCGUCGUGACGCUCAACGUUUCCUAUUCCCCGAAGGAUACGCAGGCCUCCGUCAGCCCCCCCACGGUGCCGCUGGGCAGUGUGGUCAACCUGACGUGCACCAGCAGAGCCAACCCCCCCGUUCUCCGGUUCACCUGGUUCAGGAGCAGUGCGGAGGGACCCCUGAAAGUGUCAGAUGGAUCUUUGUACAGCUUCAAUGUGUCCAGCUACAGAGGAAUCUACUACUGCGUGGCCACGAAUCCCUUGGGAAACCAAACAUCAAAAGAGAUUAAGCUCACUAUCAGCGGUGAAAGCGUCGAUUUGAAAGUUUUUCUGAUAAUUGGUGGAUUCUUUGGUACCGUCUUCUUUAUUGGUCUGAUCAUCUGUGUCCUGUGGCUACUGAAGAAACAUCAACAGAAUCCAACAUGCGAGGCGUCAGACAAGCAGGUGGAAGAGGAGAUCCACUACGGAGAGAUCGACUUUGCCAAGCGAGGUGCUGUGCAGAACCCAGGCCUGGUGUUCCCCCAUGGGGAGGAGCAGACCUCAGAGUACGUUGAGAUCACUGCUCAACAGGCUAUGAACACACAGAUCAGAGAUGAACUGGAGAAGAGCUGAAUAGUUUGGACUGGGAUCUCUUUAUCAUCCACUUAUGUCAGUGUAAACAUAUCCUGCUUCAGCAUCUAUGGCUGCGGCAGCAAAACGUUU